AUGGCUGGAGAAUUCACCUUCCAUCAGAUUCUUUUCGAUAGCUUCACACUCGGACGCUUUACAUCGUUCACAGAAGAUGGUUGCCCCGAUGGCUAUAUGCAAAUCCAAGAAGCAAGUAGACCCCAAGUUGGCGGAUCUUGGUGUGGGACUUCUUGGGGUCCAUCGAUAUACUACAGCGAAACAAAAUCGAUUACCUUGAUAAUAAGACUGCUGCAUCUUUCCAAAGAACAAAACAACUACAAUUUCGACUUCCGCAUGGCGUACAAAGUUUUGAGGAGGGAGUACGCGACGGUUCGUUAUGGUGGAACUCCUCCUUCAGAGCGACCCUUUUUCAAACUCAGACCCGUGCCAUAUCCCGUAAACACAUCGCGCGGGGAAGAUACGAAUAUCGCGAGGCCCACAAAAACCCCAGAGUAUUACCUCGGGGAUUUGAUUUCGGGGACUUAUUGCUCCCGGAUCUUUAGUGACUGCGAUCGUAAAAAGUGUAGGCUCCAAUCGCCCAAUUUCCCUGGAGUCUAUCCGAGAAACCUGACAUGCUACUACGCGGUGCGCCAACACGAAGUGCCUCAAGGAAAACAUGCUUUGAUUGUCGUUAAACAGCCUAACGGCCAGCUGGUGUCGAUUAGGAGCCAGAAGGCCCUGUACGCUACCAAUCAGCAGGAAAGGGGGAACAGUGGGCGCGAGCUGAAAUUUUGGCAGCAGUGUGACGAGGUCCAGGACUACGUGACCGUGUAUGAUGGUUACACCACCCGGGAUCCUGUCAUUUUGAGGUUCUGCGGAGGAGGAGUGUCUGUACCGGAGGCAAUAUCGAGCGGGCCCGAACUAUUGGUGGAAUUCACUACAUCGCCGUUCGGAACUUUUCUGCAGCCGGCAACGUCUUUAUCUUUACAUGGAUUUCAAUUAGAAAUUGAGGUUCGUUUCGUCGAUCAGCAGUCGCCGACUUAUGCGAAAAACAAAAGAGCUUGCGAAUUCUGGAUUAGAGGUACCGGUCGAGGUAUCUUGGAGCACCCCCAACAUUCCCUACCUCCAAACACGACGUGCCUCUAUCAUAUGCAGGGGAUUGACACGUCUGGACCCUCGGGCCGUAAUAUAAUCUACAGACGUCAGUUCUCAGCGCCGAGAUUUCGAGUGUGGUUUUCGGUAUUAAAAUUUUAUGUGACGAACGCUCUCAAUCCGCAUUUGCCUGAGGAUGAGUACUGCGGCAGCCAUUUGAAUAUAUGGGAUGGCCCGAUGAGGAUAUCUCCUGGAUGCAGUGAUAUAUUUUGUGAUAAAGACCGAUCAGUCCAGAUGUCCAGAGCCACAUCACCACAAUCAGUUAUCGUGGGCCGUCCACCGACAAACGCAACACUAGUUGCGAGGUUCUGCCGGGAGAGGGCGCCACGCACUUGUGAACAUGCAUUACUGAGAAAGUCUAGAGCCUGUGCCCGAACUGAAAGUUUUUUAUCUAAAGGCGACUCUCUGACUUUAGAACUGAAGCUAACACAAGGGACUGCUUUAAAGCCAGUAUUUUUCAAAGCUCUAUACGAGUUUGUCGACCUUCAUCAAGACGGUGAGCCUUGGGGCAGAGGUCCAUGUUCAAGAAGAUUUGCCUCUCGGUCUUUUCCUGAAGCUCCCUCUGAUCCCCCCGUUACCUUCUCAUCACCACGAGAUGUCUUCCUAUAUGGUAGAGGAGGAAAUCGGAAUAUUAGCUGUACAUAUCGUUUCGAAGCAAAUCCGGGCGAGGCAGUGCGUUUGAAGAUUUGGAGUGUCAGAAGCGGUGGAAGGUUGUGCAGAUCAGUUCACUCUGCCCACUCCCCGUGGUACAGAUGUGGCGGCGAGAUCACAGCAGCUGUUAGGGUAUUUGAUAGACCUUGGAAAGAUAGUGGCCCGGGUGUGCUAAGAGAUUGUUUGUGCAGCGAUGUAUUAGAUUACGAAUUCACAUCGUCGUCAACAGUAGCAGAAUUGAAGUUUGAUGUUAUCAACAUGACAGCCGUUGACGACUUCAGGUCUUUUGGAUUCGAAGCAUCCGUCGAGUUUGUAAGAGUGGAAUCCGGGUGUGAAGGGACUCAUCGAGUACACGGUCCCAGCGGCGAACUUCUCUUGUACUCUUCUAUUAUGGGUAUGGAUCGUUGCGAUCAACGUCCCUGGUUGAUAGACCCUUCCCCAGGUCGCUACCUUUAUAUGAAAAUUGAGGGAAGCGUCAUCAAGGAACCAAAUCUGGAUAACUUCACUUUACUAAAUAACAUAACUGUGGCACCUGACCUUCGACACAUGUGUAGAACUCAGAACCGAAUAGCAGUUUAUACUGGGGGUUUGGCACCAAUCUACAUUUGCCCUCAGCCACCACACAGACAGGAGGAACAAAGUGUAGAGAUAUUCUCCGACGGAUGGGUAAAAGAAGUGGACCCGUUGGCGAGGCACGUUCUAGCACCAGCACCAUCACCGGAUCAUUUUGAUCUAGAUUGGCCGAGAUCACUGUCAGUUGAAUUAAUAGCUGUUGAGAGUGGUUCCUACUUCAUCACUUGGCUGGAACUGUCUAGAAGGCAACCAAGCGAGCAUGGUGGCGUUUUUGCCCUAUCAGGAGAUUGCCACUACCGGUGCCCGUCAAUUGAUGCUUGUAUUUCCUCCGCACUGUGGUGUGAUGGGAUCAGCCAGUGCCCCGAUGGCGAAGAUGAGCGUCUAACCCAAUGCUCCUCUUUCAUGAAUGCCCCAUUCCAUUAUAUAACAGGAUUUAUAGCGUUCGUCGGGUGUAUCGCGUUUGUUGUGGUAGCAGCAACUCGCAGCUGUCGCCGCCGCCACUCAGCGCUGCAGCAACGCCUCAAGAGUUUCUCCUCAGAUACAGCCAUAUUCGACGAAAAAGAAGUGAUUUGCUGA